UGUGCGCGGGGGAAGGGGCUGCCCGGGAGCGGCGUACGGGGAAGCUGCUGGAGAUGGGGGCGGCCGGAGGAGCGGGUCAGUGAGCGGAGCGCAACCAGCCCCGCCAGCUCCUCCGACCCGGGCACACCCGGCCCCAGUCCUAUGCGGAGCGGAGCGUCGGGGCAGCAUGAACCGGGGCAGCGCCGGUUCCAUCGGCAGCGCCGCCUCCGCCAGCGAGUACCGGGUCUGCAGCAACUGCCGGAAAGUGCUGAGACAGGAAAAAAGAAUCCGAGUCUCUCAACCAUUAACAAGAGGACCAAGUGCCUUUAUACCAGAGAAAGAAAUUGUCUACUUUGCUCCUAAGGUUAUGCAAGCAAGUGGUUUGAAUGAACGUACUAACCUUCUUGUGGAAGAAUACUCAACAUCUGGUCGCCUGGACAACAUCACACAGGUCAUGAGUUUACAUACUCAGUACUUGGAGUCUUUCCUCCGCAGCCAGUUCUAUAUGUUACGUAUGGAUGGACCCCUUCCUUUGCCUUAUAGGCACUACAUUGCUAUAAUGGCUGCUGCCAGACAUCAGUGUUCCUACCUAGUAAAUAUGCAUGUCGAUGAGUUUCUGAAGACUGGAGGGAUUGCAGAAUGGUUGAAUGGUUUGGAAUAUAUCCCACAAAGACUGAAAAAUUUGAAUGAAAUAAACAAACUUCUUGCACACCAACCCUGGCUGAUCACGAAAGAACAUAUUCAGAAACUUGUCAAGACUGGAGAAAAUAAUUGGUCUCUUCCUGAAUUGGUACAUGCUGUGGUCCUAUUGGCACAUUAUCAUGCCUUGGCAAGUUUUGUAUUUGGUAGUGGCAUUAAUCCAGAACGAGAUCCAGAUACCUCUAAUGGGUUCAGACUUAUAGCAGUCAACAAAUUCUGUGUCUGUGAUCUUGCCAACGACAACAUUGAAAAUGCAUCCCUCACAAGUAGCAACUUUGGGUUGACUCAAUUGACAAUGGAAGCCACCCUCCCCAGCGUACAGCAGCAGCUCAGUGAGUCAGCAUUAACCCUUCCAUUGUCUUCUAAUCAUGGAGCGGCAAACACACAAUCAGAGAGCCUUCUAUGGUUGCAAUGGAGGCCCAACAGAACAAGCCUUUUGCCAAGCGUGCAGCAAACCUGGAGGAGACAGAAGCCACACCUGAGCCCGAUUGCAGAUUCUUUGAGUGAGCUCGAGGCCUUAAUGGAAAGAAUGAAGAGGCUGCAAGAAGAAAAGGAGGAAGAGGAGGCCUCGCAGGAGGAAAUGGCAACUCGCUUUGAAAAGGAAAAGAAAGAGAGUCUUCUAGUAGUUACUGGAGCAUUUGAUGAUGAAAUGGUUUCCACGUCGGAUGUCUCCCGCUAUAUCGAAGAUCCUGGUUUUGGGUACAAAGACUUUGCCAGGCGGGGAGAAGAGCAUCUGCCAACAUUCCGAGCUCAGGACUAUACCUGGGAAAAUCAUGGCUUCUCCCUUGUGAACAGGCUUUAUUCUGAUAUUGGGCAUCUCCUGGAUGAGAAGUUUCGGAUGGUCUACAAUCUCACAUACAACACUAUGGCUACACACGAAGAUGUUGACACAACCAUGUUGAGAAGAGCUUUAUUUAACUAUGUUCACUGUAUGUUUGGAAUCAGGUAUGAUGAUUAUGAUUAUGGAGAAGUUAAUCAGUUACUUGAACGCAGCCUGAAGGUUUACAUUAAGACAGUGACCUGCUACCCAGAGAGAACUACCAAGCGCAUGUACGAUAGUUACUGGCGUCAGUUCAAGCACUCAGAGAAGGUCCACGUAAAUCUACUUUUAAUGGAAGCCCGUAUGCAAGCAGAACUUCUAUAUGCCCUUCGUGCCAUAACUCGUCACUUGACCUGAAGUAUCAAUUCGGAGGGAGCGAAGGAAGUUCAAUUGAUAUGUAAAGGCCUUUCUGAAAUAGAUACACACCAGAAGCUGUAUGUGAUGUAGCAUCAAGAUACUCAGUUCUCUAGUGUCAAAGUUUAGCCGUAUUUUUAGCGGCUGUAAUGUGCAAUGACGUGUUUUAUUUUCUUGAUGCUUAACAUUACUAAUGAUAGCAAAAAUAACACUGAGGAGCACUACUUUUUCUGGUUGGAUUUCAGGAUACUGGUCAAAAUCCUAAAACUAGUUUUGUUAUACUCAACUCUAGCGCUUUGUUCUGAAACACAGGAAAAAAGUGUUUGUCUUUUCAAGCAAUCAUUUUCCAGAUUAGUGGAAUUCAGCAAAGGUUUUUUGGAUGUUCUAAGAGAUCUUAAUACAAUGUCCUAACGCUAGUAGAGAGAAGCAUGUGAUGUAUUAAGCUGAACUGGCUACUGGAUUAUUUAUCUCCUGGAGACUACUUGUCAGGCACUGUUUUACUACAGCAAUUGAAGGUUAUGUGAAAUACAAUGCCAACAUUGUCCACGUUUUUAAUGUGAUAUUAAUCAUGAUAAAUUCUACAGCAUGCUACUUAAAUGCAAAAUUCAGUUAUUUUUUUUCCUUUCCUCUUUCCAAAAGAAGUUUCACAAUUAUCCAUUUCAGUUGUACAUAUUAUGGUUCAAUCAUGGAUAAUCUUGUUUUACUGACAGUCACUCUCAAUCUUCUUUACAGCAUACAUGCUCAUCAUAGUGUUGCUUGCAAGUUCACCUAGUUGGCGCCUGUAAAUGUAAUACAGAGAUUUACCCAAAAAAAAUUUUUUUGCACUCUCCUUUCUCCAGUGCAUUUUUUUUAAUUAAGUAAAGCAAAGGAAGGCUAUCAUACCUGUUCUUUUCCUAGUAGCUUAUAGACAUUUAUUUCCUAGAAUUUUUUCAUUCAUAGUGUCUGAACACUUUAAUAUUCAAAGCUAAAAUUGUGUUUCUAUGCAUUAAUGUGUGUGAACAAAAGAAAAGUGCAAUAUUUAAAAAGAAAGCAAGCUUUUCCCUAUUAUGUCAUUACUGAAGUGCCCUUUUUAUACAACCAUAAAGAAAUUUUAAAACAAUUUCUUUAUUGUCCAAGGCUUAGCAUUUUUGUUUUAGCUUGUAUGGCUUGAGCAAUCUGAUAUUUAAGUGCCAAAGCAGCCACAAAAUAAAAUGUACUUGGACAACUGGUAAUAUUGGGAAAGGGAAGAAGUAAGCUGCCAAAAAGUCAUAC